AUGAAAAUGAAGAAAAAAAGCUCGCGACCAUGCAAAACCUGUGGCAAAUUGUUUCAAACAAGCUGGCAUGUCAGAAGACACGAACGGAUUCAUACUGGAGAAAAACCGUUUGAGUGCGAGCUGUGUGAUUUCAAAUGCAACUUGAAAGAAAACAUGGUCGUUCAUCGAAGAAAACUUCACAAAAAAGCUCUAGAACUUCUUCACAAAGAGCAAUUAAAAAUCCGAGCGCGAAAAGUUAUCAAUCAAGUUGUUCACUAUCGUAUGGACGAGAGAAAAGAAGAGAAGGAAAACUGGGUGCCGAUUUUCGACGUCGAAGAUUUUGAAGAUGUCGUGGAAUUUGAAAAAUUUAUGAGUGGAAUAACGAAAAAUGCCGAUGGAGAUGAUAGAUUGAGAGAGAUUCAAGAGGAAAAGAUUAUGGUGAUUUUGGUCGUCGUUGGAUGGCCUAGGAUUAAGUUCAAGGAGAAGAAGAAAAGCUUUGAUGAGGAAGCAAAUAAAUCACAAUAUCUCUACAGUUCCCAAGAAUCGCUUCAAGAGAGCUCUGAUGAUGAAGUGUUUGAAAGAAUCAGUCCGCUGCCGAGGAAAAUUGAGAGUGCUGGAAUGAGAAAAGAUAGUCUAAGAAGAUCGCCCAAGGACAUCAAAGAAUUCAAAACCCUCCUCCUGAGUCAAAUCACCAGCUCAAGCGGCCUAAAACCUCGCCUCUCCGCCGCCGAGCGCUUGAAAAUCCAACCGGGAAAGAGCCUCAAAGAACUGUACAAACCUCAAUCUUCAUCAAUCCAGAUCUCCGCUCGAUCAUCAAACUCUAGAAAGAGCAGCACAAAACAGAAAUUAACCUCAAUCUCAGAAGAAAAUAACGAUGUGAAAAAAGCUCAAAAUGAUGAUGGAUUAUUACGAGCGCCAACAGUUUCUCUCGAUUCUGAUCUGUAA